AUGGACCCGCCCCGGCGCCCCGGCGCGCAGGUCGGAGAUGAGGAAGAGACGUCCGCCGACCCGGCCGUCCUGUCCACGCCGCCGUCGACAGACUACAAGGCCGAGGCUGGGCCUCAGCAGCAACGUGAACCCGGGGCUGUCUACCCCAAGCGCCUGACACAGGUCUUGAUACUGACCUCGUUAUGCCUCUCCAUCCUCCUCGUGGCGCUGGACCAGACCAUCAUAGCCCCUGCUCUUGGUGCCAUCACGGCCGAGUUCGAGUCGGUCAAGGAUAUCGGCUGGUACGGCAGCUCCUAUCUCCUGACCACCACCGCCCUGCAGCCCCUGUACGGCAAGCUGUACAACAGCUUCAGCGUCAAGGCCACCUACCUCGUCGCCGUCUUUGUCUUUGAGGUCGGCAGCCUCGUGUGUGCCGUUGCCCCCAGCUCCACCGCCUUCAUUGUCGGCCGCGCAGUCGCCGGCAUGGGGACAGCCGGCUUGUUCUCGGGCUCCAUCGUCAUCCUGGCAUAUACCCUCCCGCUUCGCCAGAGGCCUCUGGCCUUUGGGCUGAUCGGGGGCAUGUGGGGCAUCGCGUCCGUUGCUGGCCCCCUGCUCGGCGGCGCCUUUACCGACCAUGUGACCUGGAGGUGGUGUUUCUACGUCAACCUCCCCAUCGGCGGUGCGACCAUGGUGGCCAUCUUUUGCCUCCUGCACAUUAAGGGUCAGAACAAAGGCGACCUGGGCUUCUGGGGCAAGAUCAAGCACCUCGACCUCCUCGGCACCGCAGUCCUCAUCCCGGCAGUCAUCUGCCUGCUGCUGGCUCUCCAGUGGGGUGGCACCGAGUACCCAUGGGGCAGCUCGCGCAUCAUCGGCCUGUUUGUCGGCUUCGGAGCCAUGAUCCUGCUCUUUGUCGGCAUCCAGAUUUGGAAGGGCGACCAAGGCACCCUCCCGCCGCGCCUGUUCAAGAACCGCAACGUGUUGUGCGCAAUGUCGUUUUCGGCCUUUUUCGGCUCGGCCUUCUUCCCCCUCAUAUACUAUCUUUCGCUGUAUUUUCAAGCCAUAAAGGGUGAUGACGCCGUCGAGGCAGGCGUCAAGAUCCUGCCGCUUCUCAUCUCCACAGUCGUGACCAGUGUCCUUACCGGGGCACUCAUCAGCGCGGUGGGCAGGUACAAUCCGUUUGCCCUGCCAAGCAUGCUCUUGUUCACAGUCGGCGCCGGGAUGAUUACCACGUUCUCACUCGACUCCCCACUCCGGGUGUGGUUCGGCUACCAGGUCCUGACAGGACUGGGCAUUGGCGUCGGGUUUCAGCUUGGCAUCCUCGUCGUGCAGGCGGUCCUUCCACACGGGGACAUUGCGGUAGCCACCGCGUGCGUGCAGUUCUUCCAGUCCCUGGGUGGGGCCAUCUUCAUUGCCGUGGCGCAGACUGUCUUCCAGAAUGGUCUGAUCGAGGGGGUCAGGCGUGACGUCCCCGGAUUGGACCCCCGGGUCUUCAUAAACUCGGGCGCAUCGCAGGUCAGGCAGGUGCUCGUGUCCAUGGGCAUGGAGCAGUACACCACGGCCGUCCUGAGUGCCUAUCUGACUGGCUUGAGACACGCGUACUUUAUCACCGUGGCAUGUGCCGCAGCCGCUUUCUGUGCGGUCUCGGGUAUGAGCUGGAUCAACAUCAAGAAGGUCGAGGCCCAGAAAGCCCCGCCUGCAAGCCAACCAGGCACCGUCGACACGGCGGAGAAGGAUCCACAGGGGAUCACAUCGAUGGCCUGA